GGCGCGGCGGGGCCCGGCCACAGCCGUUUCGCUCGGUUGGGUGUCGGUGGUGCUUGAAGCCCCGUCCCGCCAUGCCGCUGCCCCGCGUCCCGCCGGUGCUCCGUGCCGCGCUGCUGCUCGGGCUGCUCCUGCCCGGCCUGCUCCUGCCCGCCGCCGCCGAGUCGGUGAGAGAAACUGAGACCAUGGAUGCCCGAUGGCUUGACUACCCUGCCUCUGGAGACUUGCCAGAUGAUGAAGACAUUGGAGAAUUCAAGCCUCACUUAACUUCUGAUGGGUUAGAUCUAGAUGAGACAUCUGGGUCUGGAGACUACUCAGACUCUGAAGAUGCCAUAUAUCUGACCACCAUGGAGACUCCUGUGAUAUCUGACAACUAUAUCCCUGGAGAUACUGAGAGAAAGGUAGAAGGUGAGAAGAAAAACACGAUGGUGGACAAUGAAAUCAUUGCAGACAAAGCUGUACCUGUCGAAGAGAACCUGUCCAACAAGAUCUCCAUGGCAAGCACAGCCAACAGCAGCAUCUUUGAAAGAACAGAAGUCCUUACAGCUCUCAUUGCAGGAGGGGCAGUGGGUCUCCUGUUUGCUGUCUUCCUGAUCCUCCUCUUAAUCUAUCGCAUGAAGAAAAAGGAUGAAGGCAGUUACGACCUGGGAAAGAAACCCAUCUACAAGAAAGCCCCUACAAAUGAAUUCUAUGCUUAAGGCUCAACAGCACCUUGUGCCCAUCAAGGGACAAACAGACUGUGUGGAGACUGUGUGCCCUCAGAUGAGAUCUGCUGAACAAAUGCUCUUUUUGGAUUGAAUUUCAAAGCAACUUUGAGACAAAAACCAUUGCCCCUUCCCACCCUGCUCAGCUACCAAGGGCCCAGUGAAAUACAAAGAGUCAAAAAACCCCAAACCCUCAGUUGUAAUUUUUUUAACCCCCCUAAAGCUAGCUUAACAAAAGAAUAAAGAUGCCAAAUUCUCCUGCUUGGUUUUACAGAGGGUAGCUAAACACAAAGCAGACUGUAUGGAAGCAAACACCAUGUGCUUGCGUCCCGUGUCGUGCUCAGAUUGGCUGCUUCUAGAGAAGAUGGCUUGUGGGUAGCCCUUGCUGAUAGAUGCCUUGCAGCAGGCUGUGAUGUGAAGCUGCUUUGGGUGUUUUUUGUGGAGAACUAUUUAUGAAUCUCUUACACUACAGAUAAUGUUGCCUUAUCAGGGAGUAAAAGGCCCAUAGGGGCUCAAAAAUCCCUGAAUGCCAUAAAGGGCCUGUGGGAAUGUCUUCCCCAGGAGAUUUGAGUCUCUCCUGUUGCCCCAGGCAAGGGUUGUUCCUCUCUGAAAUUGGGACAGCCAGUUUUCUUUGGCUAUGACAACACCCUUUCUUUGCCUUCAGUCCCUUACCUCUUCUUAAGGCUUGCUUGUAGGGUUUUUUUUGAUAACAAUUCUAAAGAGAACAGCCUCAUGUUUAUAUAAAGUUUGUAGAAAUUGUUUUGAAAGAAGAAUAAUAAAAAAUCUACUUUUUUAAUUUCCUCAGAUUUAUUUUUUCAAUCCCUUUGUGUUUCCUUUGGCCAGGCAUUUCUCUAGAGCUGUUGUUUUAUAGGACUCAUCUUCUGAACUGCAGCAGAUGAAGCUCCAGUGUGUUACAGGUUUCUUCUAGUUCUCUAGCAGCUACUGUAGAGGGUCAAGGUAUUUAUGGUUUUUCUCAUAACUUUUAGCAUUUGAUUGUUUUUUAAAUAGAACUAUUUAUAGUUUCUGGAAUGGCUGCUCUUCUCAUUUGUUAACUUUUAUCCUUUUUUUUUUAUGUAAAACACUAAUAUAAUGAGUCUCUGUGAAAACUAUUUAAGCUUUAUUCCAUGAGUUUUAAUUAUAAAUUCAAGGCAAUAACUUCUAGGAUUAAUCUGUAUGCAAAAGUGGCUUCAUCAUGUGAUUGAAGUAGGGAAAAGACAAGAGUAUUUUUCACCUGUAAUAUAUUGUAAUCAGUCCUGUAGAGCUAUAUAUUAUAUAUUUUACUGAGAAAUACACAGUUAAGAGUGCAAAGGCUGGAGUUUAUUCUUCAGCAGCCUUACUGUAGAGGCUUGAUCUCCUUCAUACUGCUGUUUGUCUCCUCUAGAGCUUGAGUGGGCUUGUGCAAGGGAGGGCAAGCCAGGGCCUUGGGCUGUGUGGGGAAACAGCAGCCUGUGGGCAGUGAUGUGCUGGGUUUGAUCCUCUGAGUUGGAGCAGGGAUCCCCAUCUGGGAUGGCUCUUCAAAGCAGGUGUUGGAAAGAAGAACUCUGUUUUGGGGGCUGGCUGUGGUCUCUAGAAUUCAGCCUUGGCAGCAUCUCACAGAUGGAUGACUCUGGCUCUGAACCUCCUGCUGUGGGUCCUAUGUAUAUCAUGUUCAUAGCUCCUGCCUCUGCUGAGCUUUAGACCAGAAUUGCUUUGUGCAAGAUAUGUCCUGCAGCCCUUUCAGUGUGGUGUGUGGUUUAACUCAACAUCUGAGUGUGGGUCCCAAAACUGAGAAAUGGGGUUGGCAGCACAAAACCAGAGGGCUGUGAAGGGUAUUUAGAACCCCUGUUGAUUCCUGAAGCCUCCUUACAGAGGCUUUGGUGUAGGCUCAAAGCCAAGUUCAUAGAGGUGACAGAACAAAGUUCAUCUGGUGCAGCUGCUGCUCAGAGCUGGGCAGGUGAUGUGAGGAGCUGUGUGUUGAGACAUUGCUGGGAGGGGACUUUCCCCAAGGGUCCUCUUCCAGCUUGAUAUACUCACUUGGUCCCAGUACAAGUGUGUUCAGGGAAACUGGGCUCUGGGAGGCUCUAAAAACUGCACAGAGGUCAUGGCAGGCUGGGAAGGAGAAGGGAGGCCUUCCCUGCUCAUGGCCAGCACUGCCGGGAAGGCAGGAGCAGCAUCUGCUCGGGAUAUUUGGAUUCUCUUGUGUAAUUGCUCUUGGGGAAUUUCCACUGUUACUGAUUUGUUGGUUUAUUUUUCUCAAAUAAACUGGUACUUUCUAAAA